AUGUUCAAUUGGGCAAAGCAACAGCUGGCCAACGUCGCCGGCACCCAGGAGCCCAUCUAUGGCGCUUCGGCCAUCCGGUCGGUCGCCGAAGAGGCGCGGACGAAGCCCUACACCGAGAUCGACCGCCGGGACCUGACGUGGAAGGACAUGGACACGACCAACGUCGAGAGCAAGAGCUUCUACCUCUUCUCGGACAAUGGCGACAUCGCCCUCGCGCAGGUGAUUCACAGCAACGUCGCCGGCAUCCGGCGAACCUCGCAGUUCAACUCCAAGAUCUUCUCCAAAGACCCGUCGACGCCGCACCUCUGGUGCUCGACGCCGCUUCACAACGUCGACUUCAGCGAGGACAAGACGUCGCUGUACGCCGACGACUGCGCCGUCGAGCUCUCCGAGGACGGCAACUCGUACACGAUCAAGAGCAUGACGGACGAGAGGUCCAUCGUCAACGUCAAGGUCACCAAGGCCGCCCCCGGCUUCCAGGCGGGCGAGACGGGCCUGACCAAGUACGGCACCGACCUGGAGAAUCCGUGGGGCACGAUGCGGCACGCCUUCCUGCCGCGCUGCGUCGUCGAGGGCACCAUCACGACCAAGGACGGCCCCAUCGACUUCAAGGGCCGGGCUAUGGUCUCGUACGCCCUGCAGGGCAUGAAGCCGCACCACGCGGCGGCGCGGUGGACGUUUGCCAACUUCCAGGGCCCCAACUACUCGGCCAUUCACAUGUCCUUCACGACGCCCCCGUCGUACGGGUCGACGACGGUCAACGUCGGCGGCAUCUUGAAGGACGGCCAGAUCAUCACGGCUAGCUGCGCGAACGAGGCCAUCCACACGACGGCCAAGGAUGAUCCGGAGAACGAGUGGCCGGAGCCGACGCACAUCAAGUUUAUCUGGGCCGGCAAGGGCGACGACGACAAGCCCAUCGAGGCCGAGAUUGACGCCGACCUGGGCGACCGCGUCGACAAGGUCGACGUCAUGGCCGAAGUGCCUGCCUUUGUCAAGAAGAUUGUGGCCGGCACGGUGGGGACGAAGCCGUACAUCUACCAGUUCACGCCCAAGGUGACGCUCAAGCUCAAGAUUGGCGACAAGGAAAUCCUGGAAGAGGGUCAGCUGCUGACGGAGGCGACCUUUAUAUCGGAGUGA